AUGGUAGGAUAUAAAAAUAAUGUGUACUCCCAGCUGGAGGAAGAAAAAAAUAUUAAAGCAGCCGCAGAAACGUGCAAAUAUAGCACAGAAGAGCACAGCGAAAGACCGGAUGGUUGGCUCUACAAAUGCAACGAAGCAAUGAAGCAAGUGUUGAUGGGACUGUUCCCGUCCAACAGGCUUAUAUGCUUGCUUUGUAUCUUAUACAUAGUGUUGUUGUUGGGAAUAGACGUCUCGUUUAAAACUGUGAUACUGCCAAACAUAACAAACAAGUACCCAUACAUUUAUGAAAACAUACUUGGCCAGCACACAGUGUUCAAUUUUAUCUUUUCUUUUGUAAGUGUCAUUCUCAUUCUGGCAUCGGCUACUAGGCUACACCAGAAAGGAAUUAUGCAUAGAAUUCUGUUUUUGAUUAACUUAUGCGUAUGUUUUUUUUUCAUUCCAAUAGUAAGGUCAGCUAUAAACACAAUGAGUCCUAUAAGUAAAAAGUCUUUGCGGGAGAAUGUAUGGAACUUUGCAUUUGUUAUGUGGGUGUCCACGUUCUUUAAUAUAAUUGCUUUAUCUGCUUUAUUGGCAGACAGCACAUACUUUAUCUAUGAAAAAAAGGAGAAAAUAGAGAAAGCACUAGAAAAAGACCCUUCCUGCAAGGAGAAAUUGGGCACACACUAUGUUGUUAUGUAUACUCUCAUUGCAAUAUCUGUGGUUUUUGCUGUUAUGCUUAUAUAUGUGACGUCCCAGUGGAUAAAGAUUUGGAAUCCGUUUUGCCUAUACCACCAGAUUCUGGCGGCUAUGGAAAUGCCAAAUGUUGACUACGUGCCAGGGUACUGCAACAUAUAG